CAAUGUGGUAAUUCUCUUCAACAAAAAGAAAAAGAAAAAGGAUCUUUAAUUUCAAUAAUUGCAUGCACCCUAGCUAGCUACUUUUCAUACCCCCUUGGCUGUAUAAAUAUGUGAGCCAAGUCUACCUCUCAUUUCACAGCCAAGUAGAAAACUUGAUUGUCAUCAUUUGCAACUCUAGCAUUGUGUGAUAAACAGUGCUAGAAAUUUGCAAUUCUUUGGCUAGAAAAAACAAAAGGAGAGAGAGAUGGCAGUUGAUUUUGGUCACUACGCUUUUGCUUUUGGUGUCCUUGGUAACAUUGUCUCGUUCAUUGUGUUCCUUUCUCCAAUACCCACGUUCUAUAACAUUUACAAGAAGAAAUCAACAGAAGGGUAUCAAUCAAUUCCAUACGUGGUUGCUCUCUUUAGUUCUAUGCUUUGGAUAUAUUAUGCACUUUUGAAAUCCAACAUGCCCCUACUCAUUACAAUUAACUCCUUUGGUAUGUUCAUUGAGACCAUCUACGUUGGUUUCUACCUUUUCUACGCACCAAAGAAAGCCAGGGUCCAUACUAUAAAAAUGCUCAUGUUAUCUGUGGUUGGUGGAUUUGGUGCAAUAGUCCUAGUUACUGAAUUUCUAUUCAAAGGAGUCGUUCGUGGACAAAUUGUUGGAUGGGUUUGCCUUAUUUUCUCCUUGUGUGUAUUUGUUGCACCCUUAGGCAUUGUGAGGCAAGUCAUCAAGACCAAGAGUGUGGAAUACAUGCCACUUCUCCUAUCAGUUUUUCUCACAUUAAGUGCGGUUAUGUGGUUCUUCUAUGGUCUUCUACUAAAGGAUAUUAACAUUGCUGCUCCAAAUGUAUUGGGAUUCAUCUUUGGAAUACUCCAAAUUAUACUCUAUGCAAUAUACAGCAAAAAGGAGAAGUCCGUCAUAAAGGAGCAGAAACUUCCAGAGAUGCAAAAGCCUGAAGUCAUUGUGAAGGAUGAGAACAUGAAUGCAAAUAAGAAGCUUCCAGAACUUACACAAGAACAAAUCAUUGACAUAGUGAAGCUUGCAGGUUUACUGGUUGUUACUGAUAAAGCAAACGUAGCCACGUGUCCAAAUGAUACUAAUUGUGGAGUUAAAGCAGCUAAUAAAAUAGAAAACAUGCCCAAGCUGCAAACUGUGGCAACUUAGUACGUACAUAGCAAGUCAUUUGCUAAUUGGAAUUUGGCAUUGAAAUCUCAGUGUCAUUUAUUCCUUUGGUUAACUUUUCCUACGUAAUAUAGUGUGUGAUGCAUGUGCAUGUUUGUACACCAGUUAUGUGUGUCGAGAAUAUAGUUAAGUAAUUAAAAGUGUGUUCUCUCUAAUAGUUUAAUCUAAACUUUUAGAUGAGAUGGCCGUCACACGGCUUAGAAUAUUCUCUGUUUGUAUGUGUGCUCAUAUUUAUGUAAUUCUAUUGGUAUAUUGUCCUAGUAAAGAAUAAAUGGUUAUCGUGAUCUAUAUAUAAUUAAGAGGCUAGCAGUAAUAUAUUUCUUUUAUCGCAAUUAAAGUAUAGUAACAUUUUAUCGGGGUCAA